AAGUGUCCUCUGGGACGUUUUGCGAAAAUUUUUGAGUGUUUUUGUGCACUCCGAAUGAUAUUAUUUGCCAUAGCUAUCAGAAAAUCAUGAAGUAGACAUCUAUAUAACGCCUCAUCCUACCAAAAGGACCAUGGCUGGGCAGGGUGUGAAGAUCAAGUGGUCUGACCACCUCAACUCCUCCUGGAUUGGGGAGAAGCCCGAAUCAGUCUGCCACAGGGAGGCUGCCGAGGGUCUCUACGCCCGCCUCAUUGAGUCCAAGGAGGUGGUCCCACUGCACGACACCUGCCCGGCCCCACCGACCACCCGACUGCCCGACUUUGAGCCGGAGAGCGGCGCCAGCCGGGCCGACCACGAGGCGUUCGUGGGCAGUCUGCUGAGUGCCCAGCUCGGCCUGGCCGCCGCCGUGCUCGCCGACUCGCCGAUCUCCGGUCUGCUCAGACAGCGGCUCAUCGUGCUGCGCAGGAUAUUCCACGCGCUGGCCACCAAAUACCAUGACGCCGGAAAGAGCGUGUCCCCGUCGCCGGGCCGGCGGGACUCUGGCCGGGUGUGCGCGGACGGCGCCGGGACCGGCUCCGGCGGCGGACAGGCGGCGCUGGUGGCUAUGGGCGUCAAGACGGGCCUGACGCUGGUGUUUUCACUGCUCAGACAAAGCUGGGCGCAGCAGACCGGCGCCG